CCAUCUUCUUUGCUUCCUCAUCAUCUUGUUUCCUGUCGUUUUCCCCUUCCCUUCACCACUUAUUAGAUUUGAUAUAAUAUAUAUAUCUAUAUAUACAUGCACAUACAAGUUCCUUCCAUUUUCGAAAGCUAUGAGUAGUGGCAAAGAAAUCCUUCAUAAGAUGAAGGAAAAAGUUGGCUUAGGUUCCAGUACAGGUGAAUCUGGGAAAGGAAAGAGCAAGAUCUCCAAGAACAUAAAACAUGGUUAUCAUUUAGUGGAGGGGAAAUCCCAUCAUCCCAUGGAAGAUUAUGUUGUUGCUGAGUUUAAGCAUGUUGGCAACUGCGAGCUUGGUUUAUUUGCUAUAUUUGAUGGUCAUCUGAGCCAAGUAAUUCCUGAUUAUUUGAGGUCACAUUUGUUUGAUAAUAUCUUGAACGAGCCUGACUUUUGGAUAGAACCGGAGAAUGCGAUACGGAAGGGUUAUCGAAUAACCGAUAAAGAUAUAUUGGAAAAAGCAAUCGAUUUAGGCCGAGGGGGUUCCACUGCAGUGACUGCAAUUUUGAUCAAUGGCGAGAAGCUGGUAAUAGCGAAUGUAGGUGAUUCUCGGGCUGUUAUCUGCAAGGGUGGUGAGGCUAAACAGCUCUCGGUUGAUCACGAACCGACCAUGGAAAAGGAGAUCAUUGAAAAUCGAGGCGGUUUCGUUUCGAACUUUCCAGGGGACGUCGCGCGAGUUGACGGGCAGUUGGCUGUGGCGAGGGCAUUCGGCGACAAGAACUUAAAGGAACAUCUUAGUUCCGAGCCGGACAUCACCGUGGAAAUCAUCGAUGAUGAUACAGAGUUACUGAUAUUGGCAAGUGAUGGUUUAUGGAAGGUAAUGACGAACCAAGAAGCGGUCGAUGCGAUCAGGAACAUUAAGGAUGCUCGGUCCGCAGCCAAGUACCUAACAGAGGAAGCUGUUAAUAGGAACAGCACGGAUGACAUUUCGUGCAUUGUCGUAAGAUUUUAGUGAUUUUAAGUUUGGCAAUUGUGUCCUGCUUUCAUUUGAUAACACAACUCUUUCCCAAUAAUGUGCAAGCACCUUUGUUAUAUUAAUAGAAUAUUAUAUUAGAUGUUGUGCUUUAUGUAUCUGCCUAAUUGCUUUGAACUUGCUUGUUCGAUCUUUUGCUUCAGAUAAAUGAUCAGAUUUGUACAUGA